GUUUACUUACUAGUUUUUUUUGCCAGUUAAUUGUUAAGUUUUAAUAUAAUAAGUAAUAACGGCUCAAGUAAAAAAAAAAACUGUCAUUGCUUUACACAUUAGACCCUAUAAUUAAAUUUGGUUUACGUGAACUAUGGAAGUUAUUAAGCGCUUAUUGCUGUACUUCAAAACCGUGCUAGAAUCUGGGAGUGUGGGGAACGCUUCCUCGUCUGAUGAGGAGCUGGAGCAGUGGGAACAGAUUUUUAUGAUGAGAGAUGAAAAUGGAAACAGUUAUAAUGACAAAAGAAAAAAAGGAAGCAUAUGGUGUCGGCCAUCGUGCAUCCCUGUGUCAAUAGUGAUAGUGUUGAUAGUCCUGGUGGUGUUGGUACCGCUGCUUGACCAGCCAAAUGUUGUUCAGUUGGUGCCACCGAAUGCUCCAGUUAGUUUGCAUUGCUCAGAUGAGUGUAGAUUGUCAUUAGUCGAGAGUAUUCCGGAGGGACACAUGUACCCUCCGAACAUGACUCACAUUGCCACUAAAAAUGUGUGGCUGGAUCUCAUAGACGAAGCUCAAACUACAAUAGAAAUAGCCUCCUAUUAUUGGAGUCUUAGGUUUAAUGAAGAGUAUCCAUAUAACUCCUCCAUAGAGGGUGAGCAAGUGUUCCAAGCUUUAUAUGCUGCCGGGUCAAAAAGAAAUAUAAAUUUGAAAAUUGCUCAAAAUUGGCCCACUAAGUUAUACCCUAAUAUAGACACAGAAUACUUAGUAAAGAAGAAAGCUGCACAGGUGAGAAGUUUGAACUUCUCCAAGCUACUCGGCGGUGGAGUGUUGCACACGAAAUUUUGGAUUGUAGAUAGAACACAUUUUUAUAUCGGCAGUGCCAACAUGGAUUGGAGAUCUUUGACGCAGGUCAAGGAACUGGGAAUCGUGGCGUACAACUGUUCCUGUCUGGCCACCGACCUGGGGAAAAUCUUUGAUGUGUACUGGAGUUUAGGCACGGCGGAUGCAUCAGUUCCGGACAGCUGGCCUGCGGAGCUCAGCACUGAUAUCAACAUGGAACACCCCAUCAACAUGUCUGACUCCCACCACAACUACGGAGCGUUCAUUACUAGUUCCCCGCCCCCCUUCAGCCCGACGGGUCGCACCAACGACGAUGACGCGAUCGUCAACAUUAUAGAGUCAGCGGAGGAGUUCGUCUACAUAUCUGUCAUGGACUAUGCGCCGGCGCUUGAAUUUACGCCGAAAUUGAUGUUCUGGCCUAAGAUAGACGACGCGAUCAGAAGGGCGGCUCUCGAACACAAAGUGAAAGUGAAAAUGCUGAUCAGCUUGUGGAAACACUCCAGACCCUCGGAGGACUACUUCCUCAGAUCUCUGGCCGCCCUCACGCAGUCGUACCCUCGAGUUCAGCUCUUAGUGAAACGUUUCCUAGUGCCCUCUACGCCCGAUCAGGACAAAAUACCGUUCGCGCGGGUCAACCACAACAAAUAUAUGGUGACAGAUAGACACGCCUACAUUGGCACGUCAAACUGGUCCGGCGACUACUUUACCGACACCGCCGGCGUCGCUUUCGUCUUUCAAGACGAACACGGGUAUAGAAAUGCGAGUUACGACCUAAGGAGAGAACUGCAAGAUGUUUUCGAAAGAGACUGGAACUCGCCUUAUGCGGUCCCGCUGAGAAUGUUAUAGUAUUAGUUUCUUUUGCUCAUUUUUAGGUUAAGAUUUGUGUUUUUUACAUAGUUUUGAAUUGAGAAUUAAAGGUAUAAUUGGAAGGUGAUAUGAUAUUUAAUGAAAAUGUGUACAAUGAACAUAAAUUGACAAAAUAAAUAUUUUUAAUUGUAAUUUGGAAUGUUUAGACAUUGAAAAAAUGUAUAAAGAAUAAUGCAAGUACUAGCGUAUUAAUUCAGGGACUUUUUAAUCAACUUGUAAAUAUAGUUACAGCCUCUAACGAACAUACAGAGAGAAUGAUUGUAACCUUCUUUUAUCUUUUUAGUGUAAUUAUUUUUGUAUGUUGGAUAAAAAUCUAUAUAUUCGAGUAAUUUUAUGAGUUAUAAAAGAUUUUUUUGAAAAAAUAAAUUGCUCAAUUGUUUUUCAAAUGAAAUUAUCUUUUAUUAAUUCUAUGAAAAUAUCUAUACAUAGAAACUUUUUUUUAAACUUUAGAUGUCGAUAAAUCUUCCUUUAAAUAAAAUAUAAUUUGUAAGUUGAAGUCUCGAUAGGAACAUUUAAUAUGCACUGUAUACUUACAACAUUCUAAUAAGCGUUCUGUAAAUUUAACAGGAAUACUAGAAAUAAUGAUAAAGAAUAAUUAACAUACCAGUAUACUAUUGUUGUAAUUUUUGAUCGUAAGUUUUCACUUAUGUCUGCGCUUUAUCUACAUAUUACGACAGUGUGCCUUUAUCUUCGUGUGAUCCGCAGCGUGUUUGAAAUUAGGAAUAAAUUUUUAUAUCAAAUAAAUUUAACUACAUAUAAAUAAGGGCCAAAGGUAGAUAGCAUUUGUCAAACGAAGUUAAGUACGUUUUUAGUUAUAGUCUUCUAAUUCUUCCUGUGAAUGUCGUAGGAGGCGAUUAAAACUUAAAUAACUAGAAUAAUAUUCAAAAGAAACUUAAGGUAAAAUUAAAAACAUAAAGUCCCUUAGCUUUGAAGCUGAAAAAAGAAUUAGGAAAACUUUACAUAAUGAAAACUCUUGUUUCCAAAGAAAAAUAGAAUAAUGAGAGACCGGUGAAUAAGUAGAGGAAGGUAAUUUUAAGAUUUUUAUAUCUUUCUAAGUAGACAAUAUAUAUGUAUUUAUUGAUAUUUCUAAAUGAAUUAUUUAUUUUUAAGGUAUGAUAAUAUUUUACAUAUUUUAAAAGCAAUUAAGUAGUUUAGAUGAACAAAGAAUAUUGUUAAAAUUAUUAAUUAACUCUUUGUACUUACUGUACAGAAAAACACGCAUAGGAUUGUUACAAAGUCAAAUACUUGCAUACUAUCGACGAACCUGUCGGUAAUCUACAGCAGUAGCGAAUACCUUGUAAAAUGACAAUAUUACUGGAUAUCGUUAGUUCUGGGGCGUCAUGUAUUAAAUAUAGAUAAACUGAUAUACUAUCUCACAUAGAGAUGGCGCUAGUAGUGUGGUGACAAGAUAAAAAAGCGGGUCUCUUAUAACAAUGAAUAACCAAAUUGAAUUAAAAUUAAAUGUAAAAAUAUAUUAUUAAGUAUAUUUUUGAGUAUACUCACUACAAAUUAACUUCCAUCAGUGUUUUCAUAUAGUAAAUGUAUUUGUAAAGAAAGGUUUACUUAACUACUUGCGUAGUCAACGUUUUCGAAAAGCAAUAGUAUUAUCUGUAAUAUUACGCGGAGAAGAUAUUAAAUCAAAAUCUGAUUU